AUGAUGAAGGUGUGGUUUAUGGACAACGAGCAGGAGACCGAUCAGCGGUUGAAGCUUCAUCGCAGUCCCCCGGUCCAUCUGGAGCUGCCUGAACUGUACCAGAAGACGGGCGUCGAGUAUUUCAAGGCAUGAGUGGACCUUCAAGCAAAAGCUUAUCUUAAACGAUCCCGUCGCUAUUUUGUUGGAGAACACAUCUGGUCGACGCAUAAUCCUCCCGCAGAUGAUUUAGAUUGCCGCAAGUCCUACCUAAAGCAUCAAGCCGAGAACUUUGUGCAAUUAAACCAGGUCUAGAGAUCAGCAUUUUGUAUAUGUUGUAUGUUUAUUUUCAAAUUUGUAUAUAUAUUAAACCGUCAGAAGUACUUG